AUUAUGAGAGAAAAUACUUUGGAUGAAAUUGAUAGUGGUGCAAACAAAGGCGAAGUUGAAUAUAACGUAAAAACAGACAAAGUUCACAUUUUAGGCUUAAAAGAUCAUGGAUCUGUUGAAGAGAGUAAAGUUGGCCAUAGAAACAGGUUACAAAUGUCUCAUGAAACCCUUCAAAAUGCUGGUGUAUCAGCGAAUCAAACUCGUGAAGCUAAAGAUAGUCGUGUGGACGACGCGAUUCGUGUUUCCCACGAGAAUCGUGGAUAUAAUGUGGGACGAGUUGCUAAUGAGUAUCGUGUUGUCGAAGAAUGGAAGUCGUCUUCAGAGUUUCAUGAAAACAGAAAAAAGGAAAGUGGUAAUUUUAAUGUUGAUGAUAAAUAUGGAGAAUAUGUGAAGUUAAAAGCCAAUGCUCCACUACGUACAGAGAGGUUACAGCCAAUCAACUUCUCUUCCAAGGAGACAGCCGCAAUGACGUCACGUAGUAUGGCGUCACAUGACAACCGUUCAAGAAACAUGAUGCCCAGUGAUUCAGUGAGAAAUUAUACCAACAUGGGUUACAGUCAAUAUGGCGAUGAUGUGUCUAGUGUUGAUUAUCAACAACCUGUUGUUGUUGUGAGAACAUUUGAUCAUCCAGGAAAGUCGAACUAUUACAGACAAAGGAGAUCACUGCCAAGAAACCACUCAAGACUAAACUUCAAAAAAUCUUCAACUACUCCCAGACAAAAACCUUUACCAUCUGCCUGGACAAUAAACCUUAGAACUUUGCCGUCUAGUUAUGAAAAUUAUGAAGAAAUGAAAGUUUGCGAAACUGAAAGUCAUGGUUUUGCUAAUGGCAGAAGCUACAUCGUUGAAAACUGUCCAAAAAUGCUAAAACCUCGACUUAUUAGAAGACUUCUGCAUCAGAAGUAGAU